AUCAGUCCUGCUCUUUUCAGGGCGGCAGACACACGGACUGGACCUUGUUCCUAACUGUUUAUGUGACCUGCCGUUAGGAACAAAGCAAAAAUAAAUAAAAAAAAAUUAGGAAACCAUUUUGAUUUUUUAUUACUGAUUGAAGUGUCGGGAACAUGAAGUGGGGCUUGUGGCUUGGAGUUGUUCUCCUCACCUGUGGAAUUCUCUGUUGGGGAGUAAAAGUCCUGGACAUCCCCGAGUAUGAUGGCAAGGAUCGUGUCCAUGAACUGACCAACAAAAACUACAAAUCUGUGAUGAAGAAGUACGAUGUCAUGGUGAUCUACUAUCAUAAAGCUAUUGGGGAAAACCGCAUGGCCAAGAAGCAGUUUGAAGUGGAAGAGCUCGCUUUGGAGUUGCUAACAAGCCCCGCUGCCCUCACCUACCAGCUUGCCGCCCAGGUGCUUGAUGACUUCAAUGAUGAGGAUAUUGGAUUCGGGCUGGUAGAUGCGAAGAAGAAUGUUGCUGUUGCCAAGAAAUUGGGUUUCGAUGAAGUCGACAGCAUUUAUAUCUUUGCUGAUGACGAGAUCAUUGAGUAUGAUGGAGAGAUGGCUGCAGAAACAUUGGUGGAAUUCCUCUAUGAUGUUAUUGAGGAUCCUGUGGAGAUCAUUGACAAUGAAGGAGAGCUAAGAGGCUUUUUUAACCUUGAUGAGGAUAUCAAAUUGGUGGGAUACUUUAAGAAUGAGAAUUCCCGGCACUUUAUUGAAUAUGAUGAUGCCGCUGAAGAGUUCCAUCCCUUCAUCAAGUUCUUUGCCACUUUCGAUUCAAAAAUUGCCCAAAAACUAAAAUUGGAACUGAAUGAGGUGGAUUUUUUUGAGCCCUUCAUGAAAGAGCCUACCACAAUCCCCGGCAAACCUUACACUGAGGAAGAGCUGAUUGACUACAUUGAAGAGCAUGAAAGACCAACUCUAAGAAAACUGGAACCCCACAGCAUGUAUGAGACCUGGGAGGAUGACAUUAAUGGGCAACACAUUGUAGCCUUUGCUGAGGAAUCUGACCCUGAUGGUUUUGAAUUCCUGGAGAUUCUGAAGGAGGUAGCAUGUGAUAACACUGAAAACCCUGAUCUGAGCAUCAUCUGGAUCGACCCAGAUGACUUCCCCCUGUUGGUGCCAUACUGGGAAAACACCUUUGGCAUUGACCUUUCCUCUCCACAAAUUGGUGUGGUGGAUGUAAAGGAUGCUGACAGUGUUUGGAUGGAGAUGGAUGAUGAGGAGGACAUGCCCACUUCAUAUGAGCUGGACACCUGGAUUGAGGAUGUGCUGUCGGGCAAAAUUGACGUUGACGAUGACGACGACGACGAUGAUGAUGACGACGACGAUGAUGAUGACGACGAUGAUGAUGAUGAUGACGACGAUGAUGAUGACGACGAUGAUGAUGAUGACGACGACGACGAUGACGACGACGACGACGACGAUGACGAUGAUGACGACGACGACGAUGAUGACGACGAUGAUGACGAUGAUGAUGAUGAUGAUGACGAUGACGAUGAUGACGACGACGACGAUGACGAUGAUGAUGAUGACGACGACGAUGAUGAUGAUGAUGAUGAUGAUGACGACGAUGACGAUGACGAUGAUGACGACGAUGAUGACGACGAUGAUGAUGAUGAAUAAAUUCCUUCCAUCAUUUCAGGGAUUUCACCAUGAUGGCUGGCACUAGCCCAAAUACUUUUAUGGCCAUGAAUGUGAAGUUCAUAGUUCAUUAAAGGCUUCAGUGUCCACACAUCAUGGUCAUCACUUCCUGGUUUUGGAAGCUUUUUGCCUUUCUAAGGCAGGAAUCCAUCUGAAUCCCUUGACACUUCAGGGGCACAUCAGCAUUAUUUGACUGGUCUUUUUAUAAUGCCCUUGUGGUAUUCCCGAACUUUGUAAAUGUUUAUCUUCUUGUCCAAAGUUCAAGUUCAAGUUCAAAUUCAAGUUUAAGUUUAAGUUAAAAUUCUCAGUGUUGCUAGUUGAUGCUUAUUUAAGAGCAUUCUCUAAAAUUAAAAAUGGAGACAAGCCUGGGGGUAUUAAGCCAUCUAAGAGAUUUACAAAGUUUUACAAAGUUUAAGUAAUAGUAUCUUGUAUUUUUAUAUGUGUACCCAGGAAUCUUUCUUUGCCACGGAGGUGGGUUUCUUACCCUGCCAUUUUUAAGAAGUAACUAUUUCGAUUGGAUGGAAUUUCAAUAUACUAAUUUGAGCAUAUACUAAAUCAACAAAAAGUGCAUUAUUUUUGUCAUUUGUUCAGACGGGAGGAGGCUGUAUUCACAAAAAUGUCUUAAUUUGACCAUUUCUUGUAGAAAGCAGUAGAUGUACAACAGAAGUAAAAGAGCAAAUCAGAUUUUGUGCAAUGUUGGAAACAUGUGAAGACAAGAAGAACAAGAAACAAAAACUGUUUUCCAUGGUCUUCAUUUCAAUGUAUGUGCAUGUUUGUGAGAGUGUGAGUGAAAUGUAAACACUGAUAAGUGAGAUUUUUUAAAUGAAAAGAAGUAAACACAAACUACACAGCAAAGAAUUAAAAAAUAUUCUCUGCAAAUAUUAAUUCAUACUUACUAUAUAUCU